UCUCUCUCUCUCUCUCUAUAUAUAUCUAUAGAUAUAUACACACACUUCUGUGUUCUGUUCUUUUCCUGUUCUUCAAAAAGCUUCCUCACUGCCACUAAAGUCUACCCCAUUUGCUAAUCUUUUCUACACAGUCCAAAAUCAAAGAAAAGUCUUCACUUUGACACAACAAUGGCUGAAAAAGAUGAUGGGUUGGGGUUGGGGUUGAGUCUGAGAUGGGGAGAAAAUGAUGAUAAUAACAUGAAUGAACAACACCCUUUCAAAAUGCACAAACCUCCUCAACCUGUUCCAAACCAAAGGGCUUCUUCUUUCAAUAGUUUGUUCCAUUUCCAUGGUGCCUCUCAUGUGACCAAUCGAAGCUCUGAGCCACUACCGUUCUUCUUUGGAAUAGACGUCAACUUGCCACCACCAUCGGUGGCACCAUGCUACGAGGAGAACGGUGUGUCUUCGCCGAACAGUGCAGUUUCGAGCAUCAGUGCGAAGAGGAACGAAAGAGAGGAGAAUGAGAGAGGGUCAUGUUCUCGAGGAGGAAGCGAAGAUGAUGAUGGCGGAGGGUGUGUUGAUGCCGAUGGCGACACGUCGAGGAAGAAACUGAGGUUGUUGAAAGAUCAGGCCUUGGUGCUUGAAGAAACAUUCAAGGAACAUAACACUCUGAAUCCUAAACAAAAGCAAGCUUUGGCAAAGCAGUUGAAUCUGAGUCCUAGACAGGUUGAAGUGUGGUUUCAAAACAGAAGAGCAAGGACCAAGCUGAAGCAGACUGAAGUGGAUUGUGAAUACUUAAAGAGGUGCUAUGAGAAUCUAACGGAUGACAAUAGGAGGCUACAGAAGGAAGUGCAAGAGCUAAGAGCAUUGAAGUUUUCCCCACAGCUCUACAUGCACAUGAACCCUCCAACCACUCUUACAAUGUGCCCUUCCUGUGAGCGUGUUGCUGUCUCAUCUGCAUCCUCCUCAUCGGCCUCCAUGCCUUCUGUGCCGCCUUCAGACAAUCACAACCCAUUAGGCCCUACCAUCCGGCGGCCAGUGCCUGUCAACCCUUGGGCCGCGAUGUCAAUUCAGCACCGUCCCCCACCAUAAUUUAUGACUCCUGGCUGUGGUGGUAGGGUAAAGAUCAGGAUUGAAGCUAAGACAUUUUUAGGUGGUAGACAGAAAUGAAUCAACAGAAUAGAUGUUAGAUGUUGGUUACUUGCUAGGUAUUGAGGUUGGGAAAUUCUAUUUGCUCCCUUAUUUUUUUGUUGCACUUUCCUUUCUUAUUUAUAUUCCAAAAAUUAAUUUCUAGAAUGCACAAUAUUGUUCUAGAAAUUAGUUUUUGGAUUGUAUAAAUACAGUUUUGAAAAUACAUUCCAAAAACUAAUUUCCAGAAUGUAAAAAAAGGUGGGGAUUGUAAAGAGGAAAAAGGGAAGCAAAUGGAAUCAUCAUGGUUUUGGCUAUGAACUCUUUUUGUCUAGGCUUAUUUUAUUUUGAGCCUGAAUAGAACAUGCUUUAGUGAA